UGUAUGGGAUGGAGCCAGAAAGGUCCUUAAUCUCCUCUGAUAUCCCACCAUGUUUCUGAGAGCAUCUCCAUCGACGGCAUUCUCUCUAUCAACAGCAGUAGUUGAUAAUGUGAACCAAUUCACUUCUUCUUCUUCGUCAUCUGUGAGUCUUUCAUCAUCACAGAGAAGAACUGAUGGAUUUGUGAUGAGUGUAUCGGGGAAUCAGUCGAUUAAUAAUCCUAGUCCAGUAACUACUGGAGUUGUUUUUGAACCGUUUGUGGAAGUUCAAAAAGAACUCCAAGUAAUAUCAGAUCUUCCUCAAGAACAAUCUCUUGCUCGUCAUAAGUUUUCAAAUGUUUGUGAAGCUGCCAUUAAUGAUCACAUCAAUUGGGAAUACAACUUAUCGUAUGUGUAUCAUGGGGUGUACGCGUACCUUGACCGGGAUUAUGUUGCUCUGGAGGGAUUUGCUAAGUUCUUUAAGGGAGCUAUUGCAGAGAAAAGGGAACGUGCUGAGCUACUUAUAGAAUACCAGAAUAAAAGAGGGGGUAGAGUCAAGCUAGAUAUGAUGCUAAUGCCCACGUCUGAAUUCGAUCACUCUGAGAAAGGAGAAGCAUUGUAUGCCAUGGAGUUUGCAUUAUUUCUAGAGAAGUCAACAAACACGAAGCUUCUCCAGUUACAUAGUAUAGCAGAUGAAAACAAUGAUGUGCAAUUGGCUGAAUUUGUUGAGAGCAACUUCUUGCGUGAGCAGGUGGAAGCCAUUAAGAAGAUCUCUGAAUUUGUUGCUGAGUUGAGAAGGGUCGGCAAGGGAUAUGGGGUAUGGCACUUUGACCAGAUGCUCUUGAAUACAUGAUGCAGUCUUCCACACUUCUCAACAGUUUCAUUUUAGUUUGGCAUGCAUACGUUUGUCUGCGUGUGUAUAUCAUAUUGGGUUCUUGUAAUAUUGUGCAUUAGUAACUUCUGGGGUUUGGGAUGUCUUCUGACUACCUAGACAUAGUAAUGUGGUGGAUUAUCGAUGUCUAACCAUAGUACUAAAGAUCCAAAGUAAACACAAAAUGAACUGGAAUUGUUCAAUGUAUACCCUUUUUUGAUUUGGUUCA